GCAAAACUCCUUCCUUGAACAUCCGCAGAGCUUUCAUCCAGUGUUCCACACGCAUGUAUCAGUCCCAGCGACUCUUGAUUUGAGUGGAUGCUCUUUAAACCUGCACUACUCGCUUCCUCCACUACUUUUUGUGGAUCCUUAUGAGCUCGAGAACCGGUCUAACGAUUAUGCAUUCGAAUAUACCGGGCCAAGCAAUCUCGAGUUGCCCGUGUUCGCACUGGAACAAGAGGAUCAUGCGUCGCUACUGAUUCGGGUAGCUCGCUCUACGAAGAUUGAAGAAAUCGAUAUCCAAGUACCGCUGCAUGUCCGAUAUGGACCCGUCGCAUCUGCCUCGCCUCCGAGUGCAUCCGGAUCUUACAUCCACACCGAUGUCGCUUGGCCAGACGUAUUCUACGCGUGCCCCAAGUCCUCAUCCGCGAACGAUACACUCCCACCCAUGGCGCGGGAGCUCUCACCUUCCUUCGACGGGCAGCCCAUUCUCCGAGUGAAACCCGUAAAGGACGCGGCUGCCUUCGAAACCCUGCGCACACCUGUCGGGCAGGCUGCGGACGUGCGAUCGGUGGAGAUUGGGACGGCUGUAGUUGUAAUGGUAUGCUUCUUCUAUCUUGCAAGCGCCAUGUGGCGGACCGCUGUGCGCUCUAGAGACUCGACCUCGGUGGGGAUCAAGGAGAAGAGCGAUUGACUUGUACCUCCUCCCACUGUCAUGGAAGGUAGUGCUCAUGCAAGUUGUACCGUAUGAUGGAUACCUAUUUAGUGCCAUUGCCUUUCUCUGAAGUCGACGACGACGUCAUUGCGUGCCUGCGCCCAUGACAGCACGCAAUAAACGUCCAUGUCAGAGAAUCUUUGCUUCCUUCGCCUCAUGUGCUCAUACUCUACCACCCACCAAUGACUCGCAUCAACAACAACGCGAUUGUCAGCUCUCCCUCAGCUUCCACUUCCCCUUGUUCCCGAUUCGAAUCAAAUCUCGAACUGCGCUUUCACUCCCGAGACCAGCGUCUGUCCGCGGAAAACCCGUCCAAUGACUGGUUCAGUGACCGGUCUGGGCCUUUUGCGUCUGCCACUUCGAACAGAGCUGGCGACCGGACAUUCACAUUUGCUAAAUCCGAGACUGGAGACAUCUAGGGACGCCUAUAAGUAGCAGUCUCCGGGAGACGUGUCGUAUUUUGGUCUGGGUUUCAAGGUCGCGGGAUCUAUUGAGCCGUCAAAAGUCCUUCUCCGAUACUUUUCCGGCGGGUCGCGACAUGAUACGUCCGCCCACUGACUGCAUAUGCGGGCCAAGCGCGUGGUGGUCACUCGCCAUUUGCUCUGUUGAAGGGGCGAAUCACCGAGAUUGACCCCUCGACUGGUUUCAUCAUUGGCAACGGUCCGUAAUAAUGUGGCCUGUGAUCACUAUUGGCCCUCGCACGGAAGACAGACAAGCCACGCGACUUGACAGAAUGAUCGAAACCGCAGAGGAAAGCCCCCGUUGCGCAUCUUUUUCGGAUGUUCGCGUCUGCAAUGCUUGGGCGCGGACUACUUAAGAUGCUGCACAUGGCCUUGAGCGGCGACAAGGCCUUCGGAGAGAAACAUGCACCAUCUCUGUGCUCUUGCCACUUUGGCAACGGUGUUGUCGGCGCCGUUGGUGCACGCAGUAUCGUCUCAAGCCUACACUUGGAAGAAUGUGAAGAUCGGCGGUGGUGGAGGAUUUGUCCCUGGGAUCAUCUUCAACCCCAAGGAAAAGGGCGUGGCCUAUGCCAGGACCGAUAUCGGUGGCGCAUACAAACUGAACGCUGAUGACUCGUGGACGCCGUUGCUCGACUUUGUCAACAAUGACAACUGGAACUACUGGGGUGUUGCGUCCUUGGCCACGGAUCCCGUGCAGACGAACCGUUUGUAUCUGGCCGUUGGAGAAUACACUAACAGCUGGGAUCCCAACAACGGAACGCUUCUCAUCUCGACCAACUACGGAUCGAGUUUCACGCCUUCACCUCUUCCUUUCAAGCUCGGAGGUAACAUGCCGGGACGAGGAAUGGUGAGCCCGCUUGGCCAUCGAUCCCAACAGCAACGGGAUCUUGUAUAUCGGUGCUCCGUCCGGAAAGGGUCUCUGGAAAUCUACCAACUUCGGUACGACCUGGACCAAAGUGGCCAACUUCCCCAACGUCGGCAACUACGCCGAGAACCCGGCUGACACGACUGGCUACAACUCCGAGCUGAUAGGUGUCGUCUGGGUUACUUUCGAUCAAUCUUCCGGCCCAGCUGGCUCGCCGACUCCCCGAAUCUUCGUUGGAGUGGCCAGCAAUGGAACAAGCAACGUCUUUGUUUCGAACAACGCUGGCUCUACAUGGUCUGCGGUCCCAGGCCAAAACACCACCUUCUUCCCGCACAAGGGUCUGAUCUCUCCCGCUGAACAGUCCUUGUACAUCACGUACUCAGACGGAGUUGGACCUUAUGACGGAACCAACGGAGCUGUCAAGAAAUACAACAUCUCGACCUCCGUUUGGACCGACAUUACCCCAGCGUCUGGAUCCAACUUGUACUUUGGAUUUGGAGCGAUUGCCAUCGACCACUUGAAUCCGGGAACAGUCAUGGUCGCUGCGCUCAACUCUUGGUGGCCUGAUGGUCAAAUGUACCGUUCGGUGAACGGCGGUGCCACGUGGACCCCUCUGUGGGAUUGGGGCAACUACCCAACAAUGAACAAGUAUUAUUCGUACUCCGACUCUCUUGCACCCUGGAUCGGCGUCAACUACGUUGAUGGACUGGCGGGCGAUCUCCAAAUCGGCUGGAUGAUGGAAUCUUUGGCCAUCGAUCCGUUUGAUUCCAACCACUGGCUCUACGGAACUGGAGAAACCAUUUACGGCGGUCACGAUCUCCUGAAGUGGGACACGGUACACAACGUCACGAUCUCUUCUCUUGCGGACGGAAUCGAAGAAACCUCGGUCCAGUCUCUGAUCUCCCCACCGACCGGUGCCAACCUGAUCUCCGGGCUCGGUGAUGUCCAAGGAUUUGUCCACACCAGCCUCACCACGGCCCCGACGCUUGCCCAGGUCUGGACACAGCCCAAGUGGUCCACCGUUGCCGAUUUGGACUGGGCAGGCAAGGCUCCCCUGAGUCUUGUUCGCAUCGGAACAGGAACUUCUUCCACCGGAAAACAGGUCGCGCUCAGCAAUGACGGAGGCAAUACUUGGUUCCAAGACUACGGCGCUGCAGACAAUGUUCAGGGUGGCAAAGUCGCCAUCUCCGCUGAUGGAAGCAUCAUUUUGUGGCGAACCAACGGCAACGGCGUCCUCGUCUCUCAACACACCAACGCCUUUACCGCUGUCCCGACGCUUCCUUCGUCGGCGGCUAUUGCUUCCGACAAGGUGAACGGCUCAUUCUUCUACGGCGCUGCCGGCAACUCGUUCUACUUCUCCAACAACGGCGCUGUGUCAUUUGCGGCUACCAAGGGCUCGCUCGGUGCCUCCACUGCUCCGUUCAAGAUCGUCGUAAACACUGCCGUCAGCGGUGACGCUUGGGUCUCCACCGACACCGGACUUUUCCACACGACCGAUUUCGGAGCGACUUUCACUGCCAUUUCUGGAGUCUCUGCUGCCUGGGCAAUUGGACUCGGUGCCCCCAAGACCACUGGAGGAUAUCCUGCGGUGUUCGCUGCUGCAACCAUCAGCGGAACCACCGGUUACUUCCGCUCUGAUGACUCUGGUGUGAACUGGAUUCGGGUGGACGACGCCGCUCAUGGAUUUGGCUCGAUCUCCGCCAACUGCCUGACCGCUGACCCACGCAUUUAUGGCCGUGUCUACGUCGGAACCAACGGUCGCGGUAUCUUCUACGGCGACACCGCUGGAGCGGCCCCUCCUCCGACCUCAACUGCCGCGAGCACAUCCACGACCGCGCACUCCUCGACUGCGAGCUCUAGUGCCAGCACAACCCCGAUCUCGAGCGUCCAUUCGUCGACUUCGGCUCCAACCUCAACCAAGGCGCCCCCCACUUCGACCGUUUCGAGCUCGUCUCCUACCGGAACUGGCGCCCAAAUCCCCGCCUUCGGCCAGUGCGGUGGCAGUAACUGGACCGGCAGCACUACUUGUGUGGCGGGCUACCAAUGCGUCUUCUCGAAUCCUUUCUACUCCCAGUGUGUGCCGACGUAGGGUCCCUCAGUGUAGCUUUAGCAGUACAAUCUAAGUACCAGAAAGAAAUUAAUGGCUUUGACGACAUGACAUUUGUGCUUUCCAGAGCUUGAGAUCAAUUAUUGACAGCCACAGCAGAUGUGUGCCCUUCGCUGCCUAGCAUUAUGGUCGGGGAAGCCCUUGACCAUCCAUACGCUCGAUUCGUGUGGCGCAGAAUCAAAGUGCAACGUGGAGGGUGAGAGCAAAGUGUGAGAGCUGCUCAACGACGCCGGAUCACAGACCAAAUAAACCAAAACCUCGUCUUCCACGUCUAACGUCCAUAACGUCUCCCGCCUCCAUGGCACCGCGCUCCUCUCUGUUCCUCUCCUUUGCAUUUCUCUCUCUACUUGUGUUCCCCAGCGCCAGCGCUAUUAAAUUCAACUUGCCGACAUCCCGUUUCCCGCCCAGCAAAUGCAUAUGGAAUCCCGCACACGAGAACGCGCUAGUCAUCGUCACGGCAAACGUCGGCCCUGGGGCAGGACAGCGGGUGGACAUUGAGAUCAUCGACUCGAGCCCGCAGAAGAACGUGUAUCUCAGCAAGCGGAAUAUCAACGCCGAGACGCGGCUGGCUAUAACGACGCACGCAGAGGGUGAAGUGGGAGUGUGUUUCAAGAACCAUCUGGACAAAGAAAUCUCGCAGGAGAAGGCGGCGAAGAUGUCUCGCGUGGUAGACCUGGACGUGGACAUUGGUGCCGAGGCAGUGGACUACAAUGCCAUUGCGAACCAAGAAUCUCUGUCCGGUCUGGAAACUGAGAUGCGGAAGCUGGAAGGCCUGGUCAAGGAGAUCGUGGACGAGAUGGGCUACCUCAAAAAGCGCGAAGAGCGCUUCUCAGAUACCAACGUCUCGACUCAACAACGUGUGCAGAACUUCGCGUGGUUCACAAUAGUAUCCUUGGCUGGUCUGGGGCCUGAGAGCAGAGAUCAUGAUGGCGCACUGUUAGGCUUUAUUCGGGCCAUCGCGGCCAGGUCCAAACCGCUGAACCUGCCCCGUCUACCCAUCCCAACGCUGCGUCAAACACUCGAUCGCUAUCUCAAAUCCCUAGAACCUUUUCUUCUGGAGGACGAAGCCCGGGGCGGGACCAGCUUCUCGUCCGCGUAUGCGCUGCGUGUCAAGUGGGCUAAUGAAUUUGAGUCCGGAGUAGGCCAGCUGUGUCAGGAACGUUUGCUCGCACUCGACAGAGCAUCACCCCACAACUGGCUCGAUGACAACUUCUGGAUGAACAAGGCGUACCUUGAAUGGCGCGCUCCUCUACUCGUCAAUUCGAAUUGGUGGCUUGCAUUCGAGGACGAUGCGAUGAUACCUGCUCACGCGAGAGAGUCCACACCAGGGAUCACACCGUGGCAAGUGCGCCGUGCCGCCUGGCUAGUGCAUCGCCUUCUGAGCUUUAAAGAUGGACUGGACAAGCAGGAGCUAUAUCCGGAAACAACCAGGCUUGGUCUAUGGCUGCGAGAUAGCACGGCAAAGAUGUUCAACAUGGCCCGAAUACCUAAACCUUCGUGCGACAUCCUGUCGAAACCGCCUUCGGCGACGAACCCGGACGGCCUCAAAAUAUAUCUCAUGAUCCACAACUGGUGUUAUGCAAUGCCGAUAUACGAGCUUGGAUCCCCUUCUACACUCAUAGACGUCGGAGAGAUCGAGCGACGAAUGCGUUCUAUAGUGAUCGAUGUUGAACGCCGGCUCGCGGAAGGAGAAACUGCAUUUCCCAUCGGUGUUCUGACCGCAGACGAUAGAGAUCGCUGGACAGAGAAUCUUCGUCACCUGUUGAGUCUCUCCUCGAAAAAUCAAAAAAGCCAUCGCAUCAUGUGCCAGUCGUUACUGGGCGUUAGUCUCGAUCACAUUGCGGCUUCUGAGCUAAGCUCACUCACUUCGCACCUGCAUGGCACUCGCUCGACUGUCAACAACGUCUCGAACCGCAUCUUCGACAAGACGUUCACGCUCAUGGUGGAUCCUUCGACUCGCGCGGGAGCAUCGGGUGAACAUGCACCGUGUGAUGCGCUGGUUCCCAGUAUCGUAGCUGAAUGGGCUCUGGUGGAAAGUGUUGAUCCAUCUGCCUUCGAGUCACUGGAACCGGAGCCGUUUGAAUCCCGCGCUAAGCCAGAUGACGGAUGGGAGCGUCUGGACUGGGACGUGGACGAUCAGAUCCGCUCCGAAUGUGACGGUGCAUUGGAUAGAGCAAAAGCCAUUAUCGAGGACUCGGACGACGACGUGUUCUGGUUCGACGCUUACGGGACGGACUGGAUCAAGAGUCACUUAAACCAAUCUCCCGAUGCUUACGUGCAAUUGGCUCUGCAACUGGCUUACUACCGAGUUCGCGGACAAUUCACGGCGACAUAUGAGACGGCUUUGACCCGGAUGUUCAAGCGUGGGCGGACAGAGACCAUACGGUCUCUAACACGGCAGAGCCGAGCGUGGGUACUGGGUAUGGUGGAUGACAACGCUUCAGUAAGAGCCCUCUCACUCCAAUGCAAUGCUCUCCAACAAUCUGCCCAGCCACAGACACGACGGAAUCUGCUGCACGAUGCUCUCCAUGCCCACUCGACCCUGACUCGCGAAGCCAUGACCGGCCGGGGAGUGGAUCGGCAUCUGCUCGGUCUUCGGCUCAUGCUUCGUCCGCUUGGCGGCGAACAAGCGCCUUUGUUCGAGGAUGAGCUGUUUCAGCGCAGUCAGACGUGGAAGCUCAGCACGAGCGGCUUGAGUGCCGGAAAUCUGUUCAAAGGAACUGGUUUCGGAGCUUCGUACGACGACGGUUAUGGCAUAAACUACCUGGCUGCUCCUGAUAUGAUCAAGUUUGGCAUAGAGUCCAAGGUUUCCUCGCCACACACUUCGACAGAAAAGUUCAAGGAUGCGUCAUACCCUAUCAUCACAAAGCACCGCCGGACCCCGAUCGGAACCUCUCGUUUCUCUCUUCAACCACGGUUGCGCCCGAAUUGGGCCUCCAAUAUGGCCUCUCGACACACCUUCGCUUUCACUGUACUCACUUUAUCUGCCUGCUUCUCUGCCGUCUGGGCCCACAAACACCACAACGAGUUGAGUGAGGAGGAGAGGAACAAACCUGUGGAUGCGAUACUAUGGAUCCAUAUCUUUCUUCAAGCGGCGGUCUGGGGUGUCUUAUUUCCGGUCGGGAUGGUGCUGGGGAUCACAAGGAGUCGCUGGCAUGUGCCGCUGCAGUCGGCCGGGAUCGUGUUGACUGCGGGCGGGUAUAUUCUGGGACAUAGCCAUAAGGGUCGCCCGUUCCUCCCCUCAGCCCACGGAUCCUUUGCGGACAUCGUUCUCAUUCCCUUGGCCGCACAGAUCGUGCUUGGUGUCUACCUCAAAUUGCACAUCCACGAAGGCACUACCCUCCGCGUAUGGGCAGUGCGCCUGCACGGGAUCGUCGGCAAGAGCUAUCCCAUCUUCGGAUGGACGCAGAUGUUAUUUGGAGCUAUCGCAUUCCGCGGGUACUGCCGCGGUGGGCAUCUGCCGCAAUGCCUGGCGCACUAUAUCAUGGGCUCGGGCUUCAUUGCGUACGCAGUGAUCAUGGUCAUCAUCUUGCUGGUCGGAGAGGCCUGGGUGCGGCGCAGCGGGCGCAGUCCCGAGUGGUGGGACUCUUGGGUCAUCAUGGUCUGGGGUGUCGUGAACACAUUUACUGAGCAUCGGGGCAGCAACUGGUCUGUCAAGGAUAUGCAGCACACCAUUCUGGGUGUUCUCUGGUGGGCCGGUGGUCUGUUGGGCAUAUUGCUCGCCCGCAACAACAAGCGCAACGUGGUUCCUGCAAUCAUCCUCAUCUUGACGGGAUGGGCCAUGUCAGAACACGCGCAGGCCCUCAUGAUAUCGACCAAAGUGCAUGCGAUGUUUGGUAUCACUCUGAUGCUGGCUGGUGUCACCCGAAUCGGGGAAGUCUGCUUCUUCCCAGGGACCACAAGACCGUUGGAAGUGCUGGAUGACGACAGCCACAGCGAUCACACGCUUGCUGAGUCAAGUUCCCGAUAUCCGACUGCACCUCACAGCUCCGAUCUUUCCGCCGAGAGUGCCAAAGUGACCCUCGGCAAGGCCUUCCGGCAUAUGCCGCCCAUGUUUCUUGUCGGAGCUGGUCUGCUUUUCAUGUCUGCCACAGAUGAGGAACUGGAAUUCGUCCACAACAACGAGAUGGACCACGUGACCUAUGUACUCAUCAUGUACAGCAUCGCCUUCCUGUUGUAUACUCUGAUCGUGUUUGUUGUCAGCUUGUACCCGAGCACUGGCCGCAACGCCGCACCGAAAGACGACCUCAACAACAUUCCUUUGACAGGAUUGGCAGGCCCAGCCACGCCUCGCAAGUGGUACUCCCGCGUGCCAAAUGCUGAGCAAAACGCACUACAUGUCAUUGGGGAGGACGAAGAGGAUGAAUAGAUAGUGCAUGUAUUACUCGAUCAUGUGAUAGCGAGAUAAGAUCAAAUGCGGUUUACCAUCUCCCAUCAUGCACCCAGCACACGGACAGGCCGCCCCUGGACACGGGCCCUCGAAGGCGGCAUACAGGCAGCCGUGGGUGCUCUUAUCGGUUUUGCGCUGCACACCGUGGCAAUCGAGAUCGGGUGGAGGAGUUUGAUCGUGCACCGUGGCCAAAUAUUCGUUGGAACACUCUACUUGGUCUCCGCCACCACACUCUGCCUCUCACUCGGUUCAACCUACGUCUAUCUAUGCAGCGGAAGAUAUACAUACGGUGUCCCGCGGUAUCCCAAGCCUGACAAAAACGAUCUCAUCCACCCAUACGAAUGCAGCGCGGAGGACGGCGAGCUGGCGACGUGUGCCAAGUGCGACGGCGCGUGGAAGCCGCCGAGAACGCAUCACUGCGGAACAUGCGGUGUCUGCAGGGUGGGACUUGACCACCACUGCCCUUGGCUGGGAAACUGUGUCACGUUGGCGCGCAUGCCCGCGUUCCUCUGUCUCAUGCUCCUGGUUCCAGCCACCGUCGCUGUAGGCGUUGCGCCCAUUGUCCCAAGACUCAUGCACUUCACCUCGCUCGCACUCUCCGCUUCGCGUGCCGAUGCUUGGAGUGCGCGAGUCUGGUGGAACUGGUGGGGUUCGUGGAUCUUUUUCGGCGGCCCACUAGGUCGAUGGCCGCUCGGAGUCGCGCUCGGAUUCUGGAUCAUCGGAAGAGACCGCAGAGCAGAUCUCCCCCUCGCAGAACAGCCUAGUCUGAGGAUAUUCGCCAUCUGCUCUGGUGGAUUGCUGUUUGCUGUAUUUGCCAUCGUGUUGGGCUUGUCGACGGUGGCAAACCUCGCCCGUGGUUCGAGCAAGAUCGAGGCCUGGAAGCAAAAACGCAGUGCGCGCUUUGUCUGCAUUCCUGAGGAGGGUGCCUGCAAGGCCCUUCUGCCCGGGGAGCGGUUGUAUGAUCUUGGAUGGAGACGGAACGUUGUGGCAUUGCUGUCACGUUCCUCAUCGUUCGAGUGGCCCUCAUUAAAUCCUCGAGUGCUGCAACGAGUCACGGGACAUGAACGGUAACGUGAUCGCAUCCAUCAUACAGUAUUGUAUACAUGUUUGGUCAUUAUUCAAUAGUCGUCUUCCUCGUGCUGGUGGUACUGCCCAGCCGGAGUUUCAGCAUCUUCGUCGUCAUCCUCCUGCUGAGACGUCUUCGUGUCGUUAUCCUGAAGAACGACCCCGCCGUCGCGCCGUUUCUCCGAGCUGUACUGGACACGGUCCCCUACCAGGUCGUCCUCAUGCCUGGUCUUGCCGCUUGCCGACUUUUCGGUCCGGAAAUGCCCCGUCUGGCCUUUGUAGUCGGGGCUCGUACCAGCGAUCGUCGAGUCGUCUAUCUCGGAGCCGUCCUGUUCAGUUGUCGUGUCGUCUUGCUGCAGCGGCGCAGGAUUUGGAUCAAUUACCCGAAUCAGCGCAGGUGGCAUCACUGCCGUACUUGAUGUCUUUCCUUCUCGUGAUUAAGCGAUUGUCCCGCGACUGCGUUGCCAAAGGUCAAGACAGGUUCUUCGACAGGAUCGAGUAAGUCCCCACGGGGCGUGACUUUCAAGUCCACGGGGAGGGUAGAGUCGCGUUUGCUUGGAGGGAUGCUGACCGGGAGCUCCACGGGGAGUCCGCGACUGGGGAGUGAGCUCGCAACCUCAACUGGCACAUUCACAGCUCGCGGGACCAUAUCAUGUCAGAGAGGAGGAGGAGCACCAGGCGAGGUGGCCUACCGUCGAAGGUACCUUAUUCAAUACGCCCGAGACUUGAGCGGGGAGGGUCACGGGCAAUUCGCGCACAGCGGGAACGUUCUGAGGUCAAGUGAGUGACGCGUUCUCUGGCGCGAUAGAGCGCAUACAUCUCGGAUCUGGGCGGGUAGGCCAACAGGGAGGGAAGCAGCAGAUGCAGCAGCAACAAAGGCGAGAAGAGCGAGGAAGCGGGACUGAAUGGCGACCAUGGCGUUAGAUAGGAAAAGAGAGUGAUGUUCGGUAGGAGCUGUGGGUCGU